AUGACAAGUACCGUCUCAAUGGAUAGGCCGCUUUCAAGAGGCCAAAAGAAAAAGCUCAAAUCGAAACGGAGGCAAGAAAGACUCACACGUCUCAUCGACAACCCUUCAGACCUCAGCAUUGUCCAAAUCAACGUCAACGCUGCGCCAGAGAGAUUCCAGGCGCUCAAAAAUUGGGUUUACAAUUGCGAUCACAGGGUUGACAUUCUCUGCCUCCAAGAUAUCCCUCUCAACAUCAGAGCCACUCAGUUUCCUGACCAUAUUCUUGCCUUUGGACCCAAUAACCCCGAGCUUCUCCCUCCAAAGACCAACGAUGAAGGGAAGACCAGAAAACGACAGGCGAUCCACAUCACGAACCAGUAUCUGGAGAAGGAGAAGCUACACGCAGUUGCUUACCUCAUACACAAGUCCAUCCCAGUAGCAGAUUGGGACGUUGAUUUCCAUGACGAUGUAAACAUUGGGUUGGCUGCCACACUGCUGCUUCGGAUUAGUGAUGAUCAAACCAUUGCAAUCCACAAUGUCUACAAUCAGCAGAAGAAUGUCAAGAUCCCGGAUCUUCUGCGGAGGGUCACUGCAACUGGUGAAGACUUUCUGGUCGGCGACUUCAACCUUCACCGUCCGUCAUGGAGUGGCGACAACGUAACCACGAUCGAGCCCCAAGCCAUCGAGCUCGCCAACGGCCUUGACGAGGCCGGCAUGGAGCUCUUGACUACCCGUAGUUUUCGCACCUACGCCAGAGGAAAACAUCUCACUGGCGAAUAUAGCUCUACCAUUGACCUUACCUACGCCAGCCCGUCUCUCAUCCCGUUUGUGCGCAAAUGGCAAUCGCCAGAUGUACCAGGCUUCGAUUCCGAUCACCGUGUCAUCAUGACCACAUUGAACCUCGAGGUCAACCGAGUUCCCAGCACCUACUACAUCUGGAAGCGCGCAGACCCCGACAAGUUCCGUGCGUGUGUUGGUGGGUCACUGAAACCCAUUGGGUUUCCGGCACUUACAACCCCCGCCAUGAUCGACAACUACGCCCGUAAGGUCGUUCAGGCAUUCGGUCCGGCAAUUGAGACGCUGGUACCUCUAGCGGCCCCGCCAGGGUCGAAGCGACCCAAGUCCCGGCCUAGCCUUGUCACUCAGCGAGCCCAGAAUCUUCUGAGACUUUCAGACGAGAAAGAGCGCAACGCUGGCGUCUCUACCGAAAGUCAGCAGCAUUACAAGGUCAAACGCUUUGCUCAAAACGUCAUUCGCAAAGAGCGCUCCGCUUCCUUCCAUCGCAUGCUCUCCCAAGACAUCGCGAAACGCAGAAGACUCUACUUUUGGGCCCGAAGGGGAGCGAGCUGGAACAAGAAGGCUCUCAUGCCCAUCCGACAGCUCAAGGCCAACAAUGUUACCCAUCGUACGCCUGAUGGCAUGGCUGGCUGCUUCAGACAGGCCAUGUGGCCAGACGGGACCAGUGACGAACAGCAAGUGCCCCCCGACCGACCACCGCCCGACGACUCCGACAAAGUUCCUUUCGUUGUUUCACAGGACUUGGAAAAGUCCGAGGUCAAGAGUCUGAUCACUGACGCGCCUAGUGGUAAGGCAGCAGGGCCAGACCUGUUGGCCUACGAGGGUAUGAAGAUGGCCCACGAGGAACUUUUGCCUUACCUUCACCACCUGUUUGCAGCCUGCCUCAAGCUCGGUCACCAUCCCGCUGCCUUCAAACAGGCUUGCACGGUAAUGCUGCGAAAGGGAGGCAAGGAUGACUACGAGCAGCCCAAGAGCUGGCGACCGGUCGCGUUGCUUCCCUGUAUGGGCAAGCUUCUCGAGAAGAUCUUCACCCAUCGGCUCAAACAGCUUGCUGUCGAGCACAACCUCCUCCCCGAUGUACAGUUUGGCACUCCCGGCAAGUGCACCACCAAGGCCCUGCAAUACCUGCUCAACAACGUCUACUACGCCUGGACUAACAAGAUCCGGCGACUGGCUACUAUCAUGGGACUUGACAUCACGGGCGCGUACGACAGGGUCGACCGGGUCAAGCUCAUGAGGAUUCUGCAGGAGACUGGCCUACCGGAAUGGAUGCUCAGUUUCAUCUGGUCCUUUCUUACCGAUCGCAUCACCGACAUGAGGCUCCCGGGCUUCACCUCAUCCAGCUUCUGGGUCAACAUGGGCAUUCCUCAGGGCAGUCCCUUGUCUCCCAUCCUCUUCCUUUUCUUCUCGAUGCCCAUUGUUGGUGCCGCCUCCGAGUACACUAACUCCAAGGUCAAGAUCUACCCCUUCGCCUACGUCGACGGUACCUCCCUGCUUGCCGUGUCCGAUGAUUUCGAAGACAACUGCAAGGCGCUGAAGGAAUGCCAUGACAGGAUCAUGGUAUGGGCCGAUUCGGUCGGCGUAUCUUUCUCGCCUCACAAAUACCACGUCAUGCACUUCUAUCCUCCUCGUGGCCAAGUUAAGGCUUGUACCCUGAUGCCGAAGAUCCCCGGACUUGAGGGAAACAGGCCCGAAGCUUCAAUACGAAUUCUGGGUGUUGAGGUCGACAACAAGCUCAAUUGGCAAGCACACGUUUUUGGGCUGGGUGCAAAGGUCAACGCUAAGAUGAACGACAUCGCUCGAAUCUGUAAUACAACUGCAGGUCCCGACAUGAUAGCCUUGAGGCAGCUCUACAUCACCACCGUUCGACCGAUCAUAUCACACGGCUGCGGCGCUUGGUUCAUAUAUGGGGAGGACAAGGUCAAGUAUCAGAUCACGAGGGAACUCGGACGCUAUCUGGGCAGGAUUCAAAACCAAUGCCUGAGGAUAGUCACUGGAGCACUCGCUCGUACCAAGGGGCGAGCAGUCAACAAGGAGGUAUAUGUUGAAGACAUCCUCGUGUACCUGGAUAGGGUCGCGACAGUGCAGAGAGCGCGCGCUCUAGACACUCCAGACCACGAAAGGCUUCGCAGAAUCCGACGGCAGGGCAGGAAGCCAGCCGAGUUUGACCUCCAUCCAUACCACGCGCUGGACCACGCAGCCAGAUACCUUUUGGAGAGAGCUAACGAGUCGUGUAGGGACAGUUCACCCAACAAUGUGAGGAAGGCGAUGGCCAAGAUUGCCAAGCAGGACUCGCACGAGAUGUCAUGCAAGAUCUGGAACCGGCACGUCGAAGAACGCAAUAAUGGGCUUUCACGAUUUCGCAGCGCAGCCGACAUGGACAAGGCUGGAUGGGGACCUCACAACCUCAAGCGCUACCGCGGCCUGUCUCGAGCACAAAGCACGAUGCUGAUACAGUGCCGAACCGGUUACAUCGCCCUCAACAAGUACUUGCACUGGAUUAAUGCCUACGAGAGUCCGCUUUGUGAUUGCGGAGCCGCCGACGAGACCGUCUUCCACGCGUUCAUCCAGUGCGAGAUGCUAGCGACAGCCCGAAUAGAGCUGUACACUGCACUCGGACACCGAGACUUCUACCGGAUGCUGUCCGAGAAGCCCGAGGUCGCUGCCGACUGGGCGAUAACGCAUUUCGAAAUCCCCCAGUUCGAGUGCGCCAAGCAGGACUCCAGAUUCAAUUCGCGUGGAUUUACGGGAGAGCGACAUGAUUUACAUGUCCCAAGUGUUACUUAUCUGUGUUUUUCCUCAACUUGUGUUCCUCAUACUGCGUUGUCUUGCGACCUGAUCCAAUCUAUUACUAACCCGCCGAGCCAGCUUCGGUCCGCUAACAUUUACAGUUUUUCCCCCGACGCCAAAACCUUCAUUUCCCAAUUUGCCUUUUUCCCCCUCUUUCCCCCCUCACUUCCCCUCCUUCACUUCGCGAUAGCCCUCGAUUCCCACGAUACAACAUUCACAUCCCCUGUUCGACCACUGCGACCGCGCAUUUCAACUCGAAGAACCACGACCAGUAUGGACCGUUGCCGCCGCCCGAUGUGA